AUGCCAAACCCACCAAACACCAAUCUCCGCGCCUUCAAUCUAGCCGUACAAACGCUCCUCAAAAGCCCCUCCCAGUUCCUCCCCCAUCUCACAAUCCCAACCAUAACGCAUCUCCCUGAACAAGUUGGUCCCUCAAUCGCCGCAAACCUCAACCUUCAAUCGGCAGAUGCAUCCAAAACCAAGUCACCCACUAUCCGUGCCCUCGUUCUUGACAAGGACAACACCAUCUGCCACCCCAAAACCACGACCUUCCCUCCGCAGAUCCUCGAUAAGCUGCAUGCCCUCCGCACCUCACACACCUCUCCCUUCAACCGCGAGCAACAUCCAGAUUCAAUCUUAAUUGUGUCUAAUCGUGCGGGUUCACACCCGCGCUAUGAUGCGGAGGUGCGCGAGCUUGAAGAGCGCCUGUCCGGACUACGAAUUUCCGUGUUUCGGUUGCCGGAGGGGAGUGAAAAGAAGCCGUUUUGUGGAGAAGAGGUGCUGGAGUGGUUCCGGGAGAGGGGCGUGGUGAAGGGCGCAGAUGAGAUUGCCGUCGUAGGGGACCGGUUGGGUACGGAUGUGUUGAUGGCGGCGCGGAUGGGCUCGUGGAGUGUUUGGUGUCGUGAUGGAGUUACCGAGGGCGUGGAUCCCAAGGACGUCCGGCCUGGGAUGAAUCUUCUUGAGAAAAUGGAGGUUUGGGUGGAGAGGUAUCUGAGGGAGUCGAAAGGAUUGAAGGCUCCUCCACCGAAUGGUUGGGACCGUCAAUAG